UCGGAUUCCCCUUGUCCGCACCAGUUCUGAGUCGGCAGUUUGAUGCUUAGGGAGAGUCCCACGGCCCCACCCGAAAGGUGGGGACAUAAGACAUUCUACGCCCGUCGGCACACUGGCACGCGGGCUCCGCCCUCGCCGCGAGAGCAGCUCGGGCAGACCAAAUGCAGCCAACGACAUCGAGGCGCAGACCCCUAGGCCCAGCCCUCAGAGCCAAUCCUUUUCCCAAGGUUACGGAUCCAUAUUGCCGACUUCACUUACCUACAUUCUUCCUUUGACCAGAGGUUGCUCACCUAGGAGACCUGAUGCGGUUAUGAGUACGCACAGGCGUGAGAGGUACCCGCAGCUCCUGAUUUUCAAGGGCCAUCGGGGGCGCGCUGGACACCACAGGACGCGMGGUGCUUUGCCGGGCGCUGCACCCUAUCUCGGGUUGAUCCGAUACCAGGGUGGGCGAGCCGUCAAGAAGGAAAGAGAACCGUCCCCACGGCCCCCACCGGCAUCUUCGGAGCUGCUUACGUUACCCUCCAGCUAUCCUGAGGGAAACUUCGGAGGGAACCAGCUACUAGACGGUUCGAUUAGUCUUUCGCCCCUAUACCCAAGUCCGACGAACGAUUUGCACGAAACGCGCCGGGAGAUCAACAGGAGAGAGGCUAGAUUGCGAGAUGAUCGGGCCCGGCCGGUGGAUGGGAGGAAAGACCUGGAAGGGUGGAUCAGAUUUGAACAAGAGUAUGAUUACGUCAUCAGCGCGGAACUGAUGAUGGAGGGAAGUCUGGUGGACGUGGAGGGCGUCUCAGCAGGUCGAUUCCUGCCAUCGGCCAGGGUACAACAACUGUCGGACCAAGUGACACCUAGAGAAGAAGGGAUGGGGGAUGGACAGCAGACAAAGGAUCAAACAGAAUGGGAAGUGGGAACUCGAUUGGUUCGAAUAGAAGUGCCGCAACAGAUGGCUCCGGAAAACCGAUCCCAAGGGGCACAUGUCGAGCAACGUUUACGCGAGCCGGAAUGCAGCCGCCGAGGGGAGGCGAGAAGGGAUCGAGGGGGAAGGGGCCUAAGGGAAGGGGGGAAGGCAAGGAUUGAGAAGUUGGAAAGCGAACAACUACAGAUGUUGGAUGCGGGCAGACAAGACAGACGACAGCAAGAGAAACAGGGGGGGGAGGGAGGGGACGAACGGAUGGAGGAGGGAGAGGGCUCCCGAGAGGAGGUGGUAGAGGAAAGAAGGGGAGCGAUGAAGGAGGACCUGGCGAGAGAACGACAACAAGGAAGGCAGCCAGGAGGGGGAGGGGAGGUGCGAAUGGAGGAGGGGGAUGGCUCCCAUCAGAACGUAGUAGGGAAGGAGAGGAUAGCGUUGAGGGAGAAUCGGGAAAAGAGCAACAGGAACGGGACCUGGCGAGCGAACGACAGCAAGGAAUGCAGCCACGAGGGGGAGGGGAUGUGCGAAUGGAGGAGGGUGAUGACUCCCAUCAGAAUAUUGGUGAGAGUGACAACCAAGCCGGUGGCGCUCUCAAACCACAAACUGUUGAUGGUACAAGUGUUGGCCCYGGCUCGGGUGGAAACAAAGGCCCCGCCCCCAACGGUUCCUCAUUGGAUGUUUCGGGAUUCGCUGCACCUUCAGUUGAUAAGGCAGCAUUGGGAAUAUUGGGAGAAACUGGGAGUUCCGGGCACAUCGGUAGCCGAACACUUCCAGACGGGAUUGCAGGAACUGGCCAGCCUGUUGUUGGCAAGAGCGAGAGCCACAAGGCAAGCACAUCUGAGGACAGGACAGGAGUAUGGUGAGCGACUGGAGGAACUGGGGUCGGACCCCCCGGAGGGAGAAGAGGAGGAGUGGUGGACACAAUGGGCGACACUCAAAGCGCAGUGGGAGGAAUGGCAGAAGGAAGACGCCCAGAAAUGGGGGUUGGCGUCUAAAACGAAGUGGGUAAGACUGCGAGAGAGGAUGUCGGCUGCCUUUUUUGGGCAGCUGCAGUUUAGUGGGGGAGCCAGGGUGAUCACGGCACUGCGGCACCCAUUUCAGCCGGACGAGCCAGUGGCGGAGACUACACCAGGGAUACUGCGGUAUGCGGAGGCAUUCUAUUCUAAUCUGUAUAGGGAGUCGGAGAGUUGGGGAGAGGAGGAGAUGAGGGAGACAGCGAGAACCAGGGUCUGGGAGAAGGCAAAGACCAAACUACGGGAAGAGCAGAGGCAGGAAUUGGAGGAAGCGAUUACGACCCGAGAGAUAUCGAAAGCACUUGCAGACAUGCCAAAACGGAAGGCAGCAGGACCGGACGGGCUGCCAAUGGACCAGCUUCAGGCAGCGAAAGAAGUGCUUAUGCCGCUGCUUCACGAACUGUGUAAUGCAUUUUUUGUCGAAGGACAAAGGUUUCCAGAAGGCUUUGGGGAAGCAAYGAUUAUCUUGCUGCACAAGAAGGGGGACAUCACAUACAUCAGGAACUGGAGACCGGUUUCUUUGUUGUMGGCUCYGUACAAAUUGUACGCAAAGAUCCUGGCAAACAGAAUGACGAAGUUCCKCCCAUCACUUAUUCAUCCAAMCCAGACRGGGUUUGUACCAGGCAGACARAUCCUUACUAACGCCAUCAUGACCAGGGAGGUCCUUCACAGAGCUACAGACACAGUACCACCGGUGGCUGUUCUGGUCCUGGACUUYGAAAAGGCGUAUGACAGGGUUAGAUGGCGAUUUUUGAUACAARGGAUGAAAGUGAGAGGGGUUGGGGACAKGUUUGGAAGAACAGUGGGAUGUUUGUUGGCAACCGCUACGGCGAGAGUSCAGAUCAACGGUUUUUGCUCAAGUCUGAUGAGGGUUACAAGAUCUGUCCGGCAGGGAAGUCCGUUAUCACYGGCGCUGUACGUUUUAUAUGUUGAGCAUCUYMAUGWUAUGGUCCGGGCAGRUCAAGGGAUUCGGGGAGUGCAGCUGCCGCAGGGCCAGGACCUUAAAUCAAAUAGUUUCGCAGAUGACACGGYGGCRUUCGUGGAAUGCUCUCAAGGCUGUGUACAGGCGCUGCGAGGACAGGUGCAAACCUUCCAGCAUUUUGCAGGGGCGAAGGUGAAUUGGGCAAAAUUGCUGGUAUUGUUACCUGAGGGUGCAGACGCGGACUGCUUCCCAGAAAUGCGCAUUCUGCCRCAAGAACAGAAUACACGGUACCUCGGUAUUAUGGUACCGGCGGCACUGUCGACGGGGCAGCAGAUGGAGGAGCUGUUGUCGGUGGCCUUGACUAAGAUGCAUAGAUGGACUGGUCGGGCGGUGAUUGGGGUGGUGGGGAGAGUGCUGAUAGCGAAUAACGAGGUGUCAUCCACCUUAUGGUAUGUGGCACCGCUGUCCGACCCAGGAAAGAGAGCAUGGCAAGGGUACAAGACGGCUCUCCGGAGAUAUCUGUGGAAAAAUGACCCCUAUGCGUCACACCUGAUAUAUAGGGUGAGAUGGGAGAAAUUGAUUCAGCCAAGAAGAAUGGGGGGACUGGGUUUGUUGGAUCGGCACAAGCAAGCGACCGCGCUGCAAAUGAGAACGGUGUUAUGGCUCUUGCUGGAAAGGGAUGAGGCCCCCUGGAAGAUCCUUACAUUGCACAGUAUGGCACAGGCUCUGAGGAUGGACCCGGCGGACGUGGAAACGGCAUUGCUGCAUCACCAGCUGCAAAAAUGGCUUACCCGCGAUGAGCUCUGGUCACCGACACUGGAAAAAUGGAGGAGAGCUGCCUUAAGGCAGAUGGCACCCCAAUCGACGAACCAGAUACUUGUGGUUGAAGUGUGGGGUGUACAGAGUAGGAGAUUUUGGGAUCGGGAAAAAAGAGACUGGAAAGAGGAGGAAGAGAUGGAACAGCGUCUCAGACAUCAACCAGACAAGAAGAUUCGACUGGCCAGACUGAGACAGGCAAUCCCAAAGGAAUGGGUGGGGAGAAUGAAGAGGGAUGAGAGGGUCCGGGGGGAGUGGGUGGCGCUGAGAACGGAAGAGCCUCCGAACACCCUAUUCAGACCGAUUAACCAAGAAAGGGAGGACUGGUUCGGGGGUGAGGGGUGGGAAGUGAGACACACGGAAGGUGGCCUGGGGGAACGGAUGCAAAGGAAGCCAGAAAGAGAUGGGCUGUUACACAGAAGCAACAUGAGGGCGGUGGUAGUGUUGAGAGACAGAGUUGUCUCAGAUGGGGGGGGAUUCAGACCCUUCAAAAUGGAACAACAACCGUUGCAGCUAACAUGGGAUCCGUCCAUGUGGGAAUGGGCAGCCACGAACUCGCAACGGCAAGGGACAUCGUUGCACAAAAGCUCCACCAAAGUUAUCUACAGAACCCUGAAUGUGCCAACAGAUAUGGUGGAGGGGAUGGCUACAGUAGAGCGAGUUGGCAUGCUGGACACAGACAUUCUGGGAGGAGACAUGUUCGCUGUUCAACAUGCUACCGGAUCAGAAACAGGCAGGAGGGUUCUGGAUGAAUCUGCAACUGGCCAUUCCCACGUUCCAGUGGAUGGCACAGCACAGUGCAUAUGAGGACACAGGAUGCAAGGCAUGUGGCGAAGAGACGGAGAACAUACCACAUCUGUGACUGGAUUGCGCAUACCAGACU